UUUGUGCAUCAGUAAUCCUCUCUGAUGUCACGGUGCGGAGGGAGGGGCUGAGCGCUCCGCUUUAAUCCGUGCAAGUUGUCGGAGGGGGACACGCAGGGCUCAGGAGAUGGAGAUGUGGCUGUGGACUGCAGCAGAGCGACCCUCCCCUCUCCACUGACAUGCAGGCGGUGCUGUGAGGGGGGGUUUCCUCGGAGAUAUGAGGAGCAUGUUCUGAAACUCGGAGUCAGAUUGCGCCCCAGCCAUGAGCCACAAGUAUCAGGGAGAAGGGUCGGGCGACGCAUCGGAGGAACCGAAGGUGAGCUCAGCGCCUCCCCGGAGUCGGCAACCCAAUGGGACUCCAUCAGGAGACGCCCCUGCCAGACGGUCCUGGAGGCCCUGUCAGAUGCUCAACCAGGACGGAGAGAUGAAUCCCCACCACCAUCAUCAUCAUCACCAUCCUCACCAUCAUCAUCACCCUCCUCACCACCACCACCACCAACCCACAGGUCGUGGAGCGCCAAGGCACCGCAGGCGGCCUCCCUCAGGUCAUGGGCACAGUCAAAACCAGGGUCAGGGCCUGGUGCCGGUCCUGGUUGCAUCCAGGCAGGAGCUGGGAGAAGGUCCAGACAUGGAGCCUCGUCCCAUUCAACAUCCCCGCCCCGGUGUUACCCGCUAUCGCCGCCAGGGUGACCCCAACCCCAGGCUCAGAGCUCACAGACAGAGGCAACCAAUCGGAGAGAUGCAGGAUCCCUCUGCGCCUCAGCAGCGGUCGCCCGGUGCAGCUGAGAGAGAGGGUCCUGCCAAGGUGCAGCCACAGCAGCAGCAGCGUUCAUCACCUGUUCCUGCGUCGGACCAAUCAAAGGACAGAGAGUCUCCUGAUGAGACUCCAGCUGCUGUUGUCGCCCCCGCAGAGCUGAUGCCUGACACUCCCCCGCCUGACCUGCAGCCUCACCGUGAACACACUCCGUCUCCUGAGGCGGUGGAGAGCGAGGACAGGAACGUGGAGGAGGAUGGAGAGGACGCUGAAGAAGAAGAAGAGGAGGAGGAGAUACAGCAGCAAAAGGGAGACGUAGAUUGUCAGUCAGCUGCAGGCCACUCUGACUGUAGUCAUGGCAACAUGCAGACAGGUGAUGAUGAUGGAGGGGAGGAGCAAGCAGAAGGAGUGGAGGGGAUGGAGGACGAGCGGGAGGAAGUGAUGGAUGAUGGGGCUGAAGGGAACGUGGACGAGGGAGCUGAAGUCGUCGAUCUGUGCUCCGACACCGAGAGCGCUGCGUCACUCAGCAUGGACGGGCCCCUCCACAGCCCGCCGCCCCUCCAGUCGCCAACCCCCCCCUCCUCCCCAGACAUACCCCCAUUCCCCCAGCUGGACCAAUUCAGUGAGGACCCCAGCACCAGCCCUCCGCCGCUUGACAGCGACCCGUUACCUGAAGACGAUGAGGGCUGCUCUGAUUCCUGCUCGCUGUCCUACUCCACAUCCAACUCCGAAUCUUACCCGAAAACCUAUGCAGACUUUUAUACAGAGUCCCACCAAAAGUCUUACCCAGAACCUCUCUGCGAGCCGAACCCUGAACCCAACACAAAAUCCCAUCCUAGCUCCUUUCCCGAGCCCCUAAAGGUAUCCUACCCAGAGCUACACAGAGAACCUCGCAGAAGAUCUGGCAGGAGGACUGAGCCCUGUGACGCCCACCAGGAGCCCUGCCAAGAGCCCUAUUCCAGCCAUAGACAGGAGAAUGUACAAAAAGGGGCUCCAACCUCCCCUGCCAAGUGCUCCCCUCAUGCCCCCCCUGCCCCGCAUACCCCCUCUGCCCCCAGACCGGGCAGAGAGCGCGUUUCGCAUCAGACCCCCGCCGGCCAAGUCCGCUCAGUCGGCUGCAGAUUGCACCACUAUGACGGUCAGUCUGACGGAGAGGGUGACAGCGCCAACGGAGGCCCCUGUUCGAGCCACGGGCAGGCAGCCAAGCAUACGCACACAGACACCCAAGUGAAAAGCCCCUCAUCUGGGCAGAGCAGCUCAGGCGAGGCCCAGGACAAGCAGGCCAGGAUGGGUCUGUCCGGGGAGGAGAGCGCGAAGGGCUCAGGAGAUGCCAUCAGUCUGGCGAUUAAAGACAUCAAGGAGGCGAUUGAGGAGGUGAAGACUAAGACGAUACGCUCCCCCUACACCCCUGAUCAGCCUGUGGAGCCUAUUUGGGUGAUGAGGCAGGAGGUCAGCCCCACAGAGGACGGAUAUCCGCAGCAGACGUCGGCCUGCCAGUCUGUUCCUCAAUCCCCCUCUCAGUCAGUGUCUGAGUCGCCGUCUUGCUACACCUCAGCUCCGGUCCGGGAGCCCGUCAGGAGUCCGGCGAGGGCCGAGUCGUCCAGAGCGCACCAUCACCAACGCCAACACCAACACCAACACCAUCCCCAACCGCAACAACACAAGCAGCAACACCAAGGCCACCAGUCCCAGAACAGGGACACCGCGAGGCUGCCGCAACCGUGUGCACAACCACAACCGUACGCGCACACGCUGCCCAAUCAGCAUCAGCACCAACAGCGUCAACAUCAACAUCAACAUCCACAUCAACAUCAACAUCAACAUCAACAUCAGCGUCAACAUCAACAGCCGCCGUCUCAGCAGCCACGGCCACAAGCCCAACCACAGUCGCCUCCACAGCCGCAGCUGCCAUCUGUCCAAGAGAUGCGCAGAUCUCUGCCUCCGUUUCCCACAUAUGUGGAUGUCCCUGGACCAUGUGACCCUGAAGACUUGAUUGACGGCAUCAUUUUUGCAGCGAGCUACCUUGGCUCCACCCACCUGCUGUCGGAGAGGACGCCCACGAAGAGCGCCCGCAUGCAGCAGGCGCAGGAGGCCAUGAGCCGCGUCAGGGCGGCUCAAAAGCAGGCAAAGAACAGGAAAAAGAGCCCUGACGGCGAGGCUCCGUCCACAGUGGAGGUGGAUCUCUUCAUGUCCACGCAGAGGAUCAAAGUCCUCAAUGCAGACACUCAGGAGUCGAUAAUGGACCUGCCGCUGAGGACGAUCUCCUACAUCGCAGACAUCGGCAACAUGGUGGUGCUGAUGGCCCGGGGCAAGAUGGUGCGGUCCCGCAGCGCGCAGGACCAGCUGGACCGCACGGCCGAGCACCACACCACCAUGAGCCACGACGACAGGCGCCUGUACAGGAUGAUCUGCCACGUCUUCGAGUCGGAGGAUGCCCAGCUGAUAGCCCAGUCUAUAGGCCAGUCUUUCAGCGUGGCCUACCAGGAGUUCCUCCGGGCCAACGGCAUCGACCCUGACGACCUGAGCCAGAGGGAGUACAGCGACCUGCUCAACACUCAGGACAUGUACAACGACGACCUCAUACACUUCUCCAAGUCGGAGAACUGCAGAGAUGUUUACAUAGAGAAGCAGAAAGGGGAGAUCCUCGGCGUGGUGAUCGUGGAGUCGGGAUGGGGUUCAAUCCUCCCCACCGUCAUCAUCGCCAGCAUGAUGCACGCCGGGCCGGCGGAAAAGUCCGGGCGGCUCAACAUCGGAGACCAGAUCAUGACCAUCAACGGGACGAGCCUGGUCGGGCUGCCGCUCAACACCUGCCAGAGCAUCAUCAAGGGUCUCAAGUCCCAGUCCAGGAUCAAGAUGAACAUUGUCAGGUGCCCGCCCGUCACCAUGGUGCUCAUCCGCAGGCCAGACCUCAGAUACCAGUUGGGCUUCAGCGUACAGAACGGCAUCAUCUGCAGCCUGAUGAGGGGGGGCAUCGCGGAGAGGGGCGGCGUCCGGGUCGGUCACCGCAUCAUAGAGAUCAACAGCCAGAGCGUCGUGGCCACGCCUCACGAGAAGAUCGUCCAGAUUCUGUCCAACGCCAUGGGAGAGAUCCACAUGAAGACGAUGCCCGCGGCCAUGUACCGUCUGCUCACCGCACAAGAACAGCCUGUCUACAUCUGACCAACGUGGCUCUCACCCUCACCUUUUCCCGCCGUCCAUUUAUUACCAAUCACGCAUUUUAUUAUAUUUAUUAGUUGUCUACUCACAUUUUGAUUCGUUGAAAAUACCUUUCUCCUUCCUGUACCUUGUUUGAUAUCACACGUAUUUUGAUCUCAUCAGCACUGACUUGCCUUAAUCUGUACAGUAAUCUGUCGUACCAACAUGGAGAUCUACAGUAUGGCAGCAGAAGACACAGAUUAUCCCACUAGGCGGAGUGUUAGUGUGACAUGUUUUAUGUAUAACCAAAGACAAUUGUGAAUUUAUUUGUGCAUAUCUAGGUGGUAUAUAGAGUAAAGAAUACCUUUGAUUUAAAUAUUUAUAAUAACUGAAUGUACUUUAAGGGAUGAUGGACCUAAACUGUCUUUCUUGUAGAAGGGCGACCCACACGAUGAAGUCUAAAGCGGUCGAGCUGUAGGGGAAUGCAUGUAACAAUCUACUGAAUAAACUCUGACGCCGAGGUAGUGGCUCCAUACAUAACGCUGUUGUUUUUACUCUACAUGAUUGGGGAAAAUCUGUUUUUUGUUGCUAUUUAUUCAGAAAGUUAAAGCCAUGAUCGACAUCCUUUGCAAAACUGGAUUUUCUGUGGAAUCUGGUGAAGCUCGGUUACGUCUUCUGACUCCUGAGCUCGUACGACUUCACGACUUUUGCUCAUGGUUUUGAUUCUCUGCACUCUAAGUGACAUUAAAAAGGUGGCUUGGAUGAACCAUG